AUGGCUUGCCGUGGCGGGUUGCCGCGGACGGCAUUGGAUGACUGCGCGGCGUCGUUGAGGGAGCCGAAGGAGUUGCUGUUGAACUUUCCGAUGUACGUCGUUCCCUUGGAGACAGUUAUGAAGAUGACCCAUGUGCGUCCUCACCAGGAGUUGUUGCUUGAUGGAUUGCUCGAGACCUUUGAUCCUGGUCGUGGUAAAGCCAUGUUCGUCUCUCAUCAAUGGACCAGCGAACAGCACCCCGAUCCAGACGGGAAACAGCUGAGAAUCUUCCAGGAGGCCAUGUCAAACCUCAUGACAGGUCGCACUGUUGCACAGCCAAAUGUUUGGACGGAGCUGGUUUUCAAGUUGGCUGGAGGAUCGGCUACAUUGUUCAAGGCGUCGCAGUUGACUUCCGCUCCGAUAUGGGUUUGGUACGACUACUUUUGCAUCCCACAGCAUGCUGUUAACAUGGAAAGCAGGUCAGUGAGUGCCAACAAGUUCCAGGACCAACGGAAUGCCAUUGCAAGCAUCUCUGCUUACAUCGACAAGUGUCACUACUUUGUAGCCCUUUGCCCGCUGAUGAAACACACAAAUCUAUCAACAUUGAGCGCCCAGUCGUGGAAGCAGAGAGGAUGGUGUAGGGCAGAAGCUGUUGCGCGGGACCUUUCCGUCAACAAUGGGCUGACGUUGAUCGUAGAGAGCCCCCAGCAGGUGUCACUCAGUGUGGCAUAUGACAUGUCAAAAGCCCCGGGCGAUGGAGAAUUCACCAUUGCAGACGACCGAAGAGUGAUAGGACAAUUGAUUCGGGACAUGGUGCAAAAACAGCUGCACAACUCAUUGAGAACUGGGGAUUUUUCCAGGUACCGUUUCCUUCUGCAUCAUCAGUCAGUCCUUUUGAGAAACACCGACACAAUGCCUGUUCCCGGGUUGUUGGAAGACAGUCCUGCCGGGUCUGUCAGUACACCCAAAGGGCCGGAAGAGAUCGUCAGAGAUUUCCUUCACCAGAACGGCUUUGAGAAGGUUUCAGAUCGUGACACAUCCGGGUGGUCUCCGUUGCUGUAUGCUGCAUUGGGAGGAAAUCCGGAGGUAAUUGAAGCGCUGCUGCUGCAGGGAGCAGAUCCCAAUGAUUACAUCCGGAAGGUGCAAAACCUCGUGAUGUUUGUGAAAGGGACCCCAGCCUUAUCAAUCUGCACGUCACAGGAACAUAACGAGGCAAUGCGAGUUUUGCUUCGCUUCAGAGCAGAUCCCAACAAACACGACCCCGGACGCAGCAGUCCAUUGUUCUAUGCAAGCAAUUCUGAUAACAUGGACGGGGCCAGGAUUCUCAUGGAAGCGGGGGCAGAUCCUUUGUUGAGGAGCAUAUUCGACACCAAUGCUUUUGAUCAAGCCUGCACUAUGGGAGCCACAAAGAUUCUGAAGGAAGUGCUGAAUGUUCCCCCUCAUGCUCUUUCGCAAAGGGAGGCCAUAGCCUUUGCCACUGGCUUCGGGCAUGCAUGCCCGGAAACAAUCUCUGUGCUGCUGGACAUGGGCUGUGACAAGGACGGAGCAGUGGUCCCUAGAAACACUUUGAUGAAGUUAUUCGUCAGUGCCUGUGCACUCAAGCACAGAGUGGCUCCAACGUCAUUGACGACCCUCGUGUAUCAUCAGCCCAGUGCAACACCCUUGAUGCGCAGCAUCUUGAGUGGUUCCUACAGCUGUGCGCUCUUGCUCCUGGAAACCAGCGCCCGAGUGGAUGUACGCAACAGCAAGAACCAGACAGCCUUUGACUUGGCCGUCAAGAAGCAGGCCCCCGACUCUUUGCUGUGGGCUUUGUGGGAGCGUGGCGCAGGGGACCACGCAUCCAAGGAAUCCAUCGCCCGAUGGUGGUCCAAUACAACACAAAAGUUCCCAGUGGACUCCAUCGAAGAGUUGGGGGGUUCAACCUUUGACGAUGAGGAUUUGGAGAGUCUAGACAGUGUGGAUGACCCAAUGAUAUCCGUCGGUGUCUGA